AGGUCAAGGUCGUUGGAAUUGUCACUUCCUGGUCGAGGUUUGUUUGGGUUUAGGAAAGCGACGAUGACGUAAGCAACGGGAUCUGCUUCUUGUCACUGAAAUGGUUUUAAAAGACGCAGUGAAUAAUAUAUUCUGGGAAAGAUCCACAAUCUGACAUGCAGGUCAAACUAAAACUAGGCGGGAACGUUGUUGUGGUCGGGAAUAUCUGUUUACAGGAUGGAUAUCGUCCCAUGGUUGAUGACAGUCCAUGUACGUCAGGUACCAGCGUGAACUUCCACAUCGAGUCUGCUCUGUGGUAUAAGACAUUACUCCUCGAUUCUGUGUAUAUCGACUGUGAUGAACGCCAGGUUCACUGGCUCAGGAAAGAACAAACGGCAGUGAAAACUAUCGAUGAUGAAAUCGAAUCAGAGAAGCGUUUUGUUCCUGUUGGAGCUGAGAUGUUGCAUGGUGACAUUGAUGUUUAUGAUUUUGAUCCAACCGUUGAUGAGCUAGCAGACAAGGCAAAUGACUGCAUGGCUCAGUACAGAGACCGAAAAAUAACAUGGGUACUCCUAACUGAAGUGACACGCCUUCUUCAUUGUUACAUUUUCCCAGCUAUCAGAUUUACUAUGGAUGACCGAGACAUGUUACAGGAUGUUUUGAUGCAGGUGGAGAGUAAAUCUGAAAUGGUUGAAGCAGAGAUUUUAAAGAAAUCCAAAUCAGUUGAUAUAACAGAACAAACCUUACUGAAACAGCGGACACGAAUUCUGAAAAAUGAAAAUUUUGAAAGUGAACUUUAUGCAAGGUCUUGUAAGAAGGAUUUUUUGUCUCUUCUUCACAGUCAUCUGGAGAGAGAUAUCAUGAGACUGAAUUCAGAUUUCGAGGGCACGCAGCUUCAGGUUAACAGAUACCGAGACUGUCAGGUAUCAGCUGGAGCCAAGCUUAAACUUGAGGACCUCAGAAGGAAGCGAGAUGGUGUUCAUGAACAAAUUGUUACAUUACAGACUGCAAAAGAAACUUUGAGAAAUGUAUUGUUCCGUCCACCAGUCCUGAAAAAGAAAAAAUUGAAAAAGAUCAAAGUGAAAGAAAAUGUGUUCCAUGAUAUCUACUUGGAGGUAAAUGGCAGACUCAGACUUCAGAAGGAAGAUUUACAAAGGGUUUGUCUUGUAAAGGUGAAAAUAUCCUCAGUGCGAGAGGCGAUAUUAUCAGCUUUAUCUGAGCUUAAUGCCUCAAGUGAUCAAUUAAGCCCAGUCCACCUCACCGAUGGUAGUGAGUUCUCUCUAGACAUCAUUGGUCUGAAAGACAAGCCUGAAGAAUGGAAGACGCUGGAGGAAAAAGUCUACUCACUCUUAGAAAAUGAGAAGUCACAUGCUUUCCGCAGACAUCAUCAAGCUGUUAAGAUCAUCAUGGAUAAAAUUACAAGUGCUAUUGAUGAAACAAAGAUGUUUGGUGCUUCCUCUGAUAAUAUUGAAGGAUUGUGGCAGUUUGUAAACUUUAAAAAAGCUUCCAUUAGUGAUAUUGAUGUGAGAUUUGUAGAAGCAACCGGUGGCUCAUCUCAGCGGAGACGACAAGGACAUGCCAAAUCAACGCUGUAUUCUCCCGACUUAGUUGAUGAAAUUCUACCAAUGGCUGUGGAUGCUCUGAAGAAAUCUCUCGAGAGAAUCAAGGAUGAUAUCCGUUCACAGAUGGAAACAAUGUGUUGUUUACUGAUAAACAGCAUCCCAGAAUGUGCUGGGAGCCCCAAGAAUAAGGUGUGGGUGUCAUAUGAAAAUGUUCUAUACACGGAGCUGCUGCCUCACCUGUGUAAUUUGUAUGAGUUGACCUUCGCUCCUAAGUGUAUCUCCUUAUAUAGAGGCAUAACUCGUCUCUCCCUCCAAGAAUUACUUCUCGACGACAACGUCCUGAACGUCAUCCUCAGUGGACUGAAAUCCGGUGCAGAAGCAGCUGUGUACAGACGUGGCCGAAGCCUGACAUCAGGGAGUGAGAGCAGUGAAGAGUUUGAAAUACUUUCUCGGAGGAGUUUGUCCAAGUCCUGUGUGAGUAUUGAAAUAAAGAAGUGUACGCUGGAGGAACUGUACCGGAUCGCAGACCGAGAGUGUCACCAGCUCUCUGGGAGCAUCCCCAAUCUGUUCGAUGAAAACAACUGUGGUCCUGCUCCUGAUGGUCAUGUAUCCCCGCAGAGGUCGUCUGCCACUGACAGCGAUGACCUCGCCGACAGUGAGGCAGAUGCUGAAGAGGAAGAUGUUGCUGAAGAAGAGGAAGAACUUGAAGACCCUCAGACUCUUUUGGAGGAAAUGUUUUCUCCUGUCAAGCAACUCCUUAAGUCAUCAUUCAGGGCGAAGACGAUGCUAGAGAAACUGCGUCGUUUGACGAAAGUGUUUCGAUCACUUGGUACCCUGCUGUCCGAUCUGAACAAGAAUGGCCCCAUGGCCUGCUGUGAUGAAAUGCUGUCUAUCAUCAUUGUGCUGCUACGAUGUGUGGAUGAAGAGACGUUUGUACGACUGUACGCCAGUGUUCUUCUCCUCAUUGAUCUGCGAGCCCCCUUCCUCAAUGGCAGCGUCCAUGACUGCAGCCUUACAAACUUUUAUGGUGCCUUUGACUAUUUAUUCACAAGUCAGUUGAGCAAGAAGCCAAUGUUAGACUGUCCUGCCGAAUCCAAUGGAAGCCUUAGGUGAGAGGUCAUUGUCCUUGUUAUUGUUUUGAGUAUGAAUCUUCCACUCCCAUGGGGAAAUGUGUAUAUUUCAAGUAACAUAAAAUUAGGCAUACAAGGUGGACCAGCUCUAGUGAAAGUUUUAAGGACACAUUUAAGUACCUUUAUUAUACUCGGCAGCAUCUGAAACUGCAUGGAGACAGACAUGCCUGACAGCUCUGGUGCUCUGGUGCUCUGGUGCAAACUCGAUUGUUACACACCAUGAAUUGUAUAAUUAAGCAAUCACCAUGUUCAACACAAACUAUAGCCCGUUUGGAUCAAAACGAUACAGAUGAAUCACAAUCUAACUCAAGAUGAUCAAGAAACUGAUAGAUUCCGGUCUGGAAUAGUUUGAUACAACCCCUAAAUGUUGACAUCCUGAGCUGCAUGUCCUUCCCGCCCUGGGGGCUGUUCCUGCAACAGUACUACUGUUACUUUACCCUCGUAAAACUUCACUCAGAAAAUCAAAACAAAAUGAUGAUAGUUUGUUAA